AUAACAAAUUGGUAAAAUAUACACAGCUACACUAUCUACAGAAUCGAUAGUUCUGGAAUAAUAUAAGAUGAACAAAAGAUAGCUUAAUUAACAUAUAGAUUGUCUUUAACAAUGUUUGCCUUUACAUCUACUUUCUUCCCCCUAUUAGUUCAAUAUAUAUUGUACGAGAUAUCAUGAUUUAAUAUUGAGUGUCAUAUCGAUUAAAUGAGAUUUAUUAAUUUAAAAAACAAAUGUUGUUGCUUAUAGCCGAAGCUGAUGGAAGGAGGCAACUACAUUCGCGAGGGCCGAGAUUCCACCAAGUCCACGUGGCUAUUGUUCUCACCUAAGGCGCCCGAUAGCGCAGGCAACUUGGCCAAGUACUUAAACAUAUUCUCUACCCACGGCGUCAACUUAAGCCAUAUUGAAUCCCGAUCCUCUGUAAGAAGACCAGGUUAUGAGUUCAUGUUGGAGUGUGAACAUGGUGCCGGCGAUUUUGGAUCAGCACUUGAAGAGUUGAAACAGAACGUUGGUUACCUGAAUAUUAUCUCGAGGAAUUACAAAGAUAACCGAUCUGCCGUUCCUUGGUUCCCGCGUCGUAUUCGUGACCUGGACAGAUUUGCGAAUCAGAUUUUAUCGUACGGCGCGGAGUUGGACUCGGACCAUCCAGGUUUUACGGAUCCCGUGUAUAGAGCACGUCGCAAGUAUUUCGCAGACAUCGCUUACAAUUACAAGCACGGCCAGCAUUUGCCACAUGUUAAUUAUACAAAAGAGGAAGUUGCCACUUGGGGAGUGGUGUUCAGGAAGCUAACAGAACUCUAUCCUACACACGCCUGUAAAGAGCAUAACCACGUGUUCCCACUACUCAUAGAAAACUGUGGCUACAGAGAAGAUAACAUCCCUCAGCUGGAAGAUGUAUCCAACUUCCUUAAAGAUUGCACUGGAUUCACACUACGGCCCGUGGCUGGUCUACUGUCAUCUCGUGACUUCCUCGCUGGGCUCGCGUUCCGUGUGUUCCACAGUACUCAGUACAUCAGGCAUCACUCGAGGCCACUAUAUACACCAGAACCAGACGUCUGUCAUGAACUCCUGGGCCACGCGCCACUCUUUGCUGAUCCUGCGUUUGCUCAGUUCUCACAGGAGAUAGGCCUCGCAUCUUUGGGCGCUCCUGAUGAUUAUAUUGAAAAACUUGCCACGGUGAUUGAUUUAAUUAAUAUGCAGUUAUAUAUUCACUUAUUAUAGUUACAUAUUAAAGAAAUAUAAUGUAAUAAGUUAAUUUUCUUUUUGAUUAACGAUUUCGGUGGUCAUCCGUGGUGUCAGCCACAAUCUCAUGACGGUUUGAAGAUGUCAUCAUAUUUUGAGAACGUUAAUACUCUUAAUGAUGUAAAAAAUAGCUAUUUCUAUUUUAGUUUAUCGCCAGUCAUGGUGAUUAUCAUGGUGAUAUCUUCGUUGUUCCAUAUUACAUGUUACCUAUUUAAUUUAGAAUCUGAGCUAUGAAUAUAACGUUGUCUAUUGAAUGAUAUAAAAAAAUGUACUAAUCAUAUGGAAUUAUUGUUUAAGAUGCAUUUUAGAAAUAAAAUAAGUUUCCUGUGCAAAUUUUAUUAACAAACUUCAUCUUUCAGUGCUUUUGGUUCACGGUGGAGUUUGGUCUAUGCCGACAAGAAGGCGCCUUGAAAGCGUUUGGUGCUGGAUUACUGUCUUCCUUUGGUGAGCUACAAUACUGUCUGUCGGACAAGCCAGAGCUGAAGGAAUUUGAUCCUGAAAUCACCGGCCUCACCAAAUACCCCAUUACGGAGUAUCAACCAAUUUAUUUCGUUGCUACCAGCUUUGAGGACGCUAAAAAUAAAAUGAUAAAAUUCUCUCAAACCAUUCCACGAGAUUUCGGCGUACGUUACAACCCUUACACACAGAGUAUUGACAUCCUGGAUUCCUCUAAGCAGAUGAAAGAUCUUCUCCGAGAGGUUCAUCAGGAAAUGGGCCUGCUUAUUAACACCAUGGACAAACUAUAGGUCAAACAAUAAUUGCUAUCUAAUUUUAAGACAAUCAAAAUGUAGGUAUCGUUCUAUGUGAAAGAAGAUCCUGUUGCCAUUUGAUUUAAAGAUGUCAUGGCGGGCUAUUGU